CUUCGCAGCUCCGGUCAAGUAAUUGUACCAAACUUUAGUUUCGAUUUUGUGAAGUGUAUUUGAACUUUUUACGUUAUAUCUAAUCAUUAUGAGAGCUUUUCUCUACGUAGUUCUGGUGGUUAUAUCUUGCGACGGCAUCUGUAGCUUGCUAUUGCCGGGCAAAGAACAUGGUCCUUUGAGAAAUUCUGCGGCUCAACUCUCUUGGUUUUCCAGAGUUCGGCGUCUGCCUCGGCCAUCUCAUCGUGUUAUAGACCCUAACGAAGAUUGUUUUCUCGUGACGUCAGAGGAAGGAAAAUUGUAUUUUAAGUCACCAUCGGAUGAACCAAAUGUCUGCGGUAUAUACAUGAUAGCCGAACCUGAUACUAGAAUCCAGGUCACUUUCAACUAUCUAGACGUACCCUGUGACAAUGGAGGCCUGGUCGCGUGGGUGGAUGGAUGGGAACUAAAUGGCCAGGUGUGGCCAGCGGACGCUUGGGAUGACGAUAGAGUUGUGGAAUCAUGUGACACUCGACCCCAGAGAAAACUAAUCUCCCGUCAAAACGCAGCACUCGUACAGUAUCGGGUACCAGCUCAAGGGAAAGGUUUUGCUGUCACCAUACGGCACUUGCGAAACCCUAGACCAUGCAACGUUAUGUUAUUCGGCGCUGAAGGCGUGUAUACGCUACGUAACCAUGGUGAAACAGGGAACUGUUCGAUAAUUGCGGUAUCACCUGCCACAGUAAAGAUAUUGGAUCUUAAUGUGGGCCAAGCACUGAAGAGAGGCAGCCUUCUGGAUAUUGAAACUGGAACUAUACAUCAUUGUACAAAGCGGGGUUUGCCCGAUUACGUGGAAAUCGGUGGAGCUAGCGGUCUGGACCACACCAAAAUGGAGGUGCUCGACAGUGUUUGCGGACUCGACUCUAAUGAAGGUCGUCGUCCUGCAUAUGUGGCUUGUGAAGAUACUGUUGUGAGACUGGUUUCUAAAGGAAAAUUCUACAACUCCGUAACCUUGGCUUUUGCACCCCUUCCUCUUGAAGAAUUAGAACACGCUGACUUAAUUUGUGGAAUGAACGACUUGUAAAUUUAUAAUCGAAACUACUAC